CGCCGCCACCGCAUCAUCAGUUCGCGUCGAAGACUUGAUCGUGACGCUUGUCUGCGAAGUCGUUCCCUCAGAUACGCUGCUGGUUUACGGAGUGCCGUAACACGACACGUUUGGAGGGACUACCGCUGCUACGCGUGUGCUGUGCUCUUGUGAACAUUGGAUAUUGUGAUUUUCUGUGUGGUGAUAAUGCGUACGUGCUAAAACUACUAAUUGUUGCCAAGCGCCUCUUAGGAUUUUUUGACGACGCAACCAGUUCCGGAUCAGCUCAGCCGAUUGUCGUAAUGAAAGUUGUUAGUUUGCAAUUGCCAUCGGGACCUAGUAUGGAGCGGCUCCCGCUACCAUUUAGUCCAACGGAACUCCUAUGGCGAUACCCAUUACCAUGGGCACCCCCACCUCUUUCUCCUCUCGGUGACGCCAAGGCUCAAUUGCCUGCUGGGCUCCCUCCAGAACCCAGAUUAUGGACAAGAGAAGACGUAGCAGUCUUCUUGAAAUGGUGUGAAAGGGAAUUUGAUUUACCAAAUUUCGACAUGGAUCUCUUCCAAAUGAAUGGUAAAGCAUUGUGCUUAUUAACCAAAACAGAUUUAGGAGAACGUUGCCCUGGAGCCGGAGAUGUUUUGCAUAAUGUACUGCAAAUGCUUGUCAGAGAUGCCGCUAUUUUAGGCAGAGUUCCCUCAUCCCCUGUCACACCGACAGCUCGUAAUGCCCCAUAUCCACCUUCUCCACACUCUCACCCACCAACUCCAACGUGGGCAGUUGCUGACAGCUUCCACCACUUCCAUAGCGCUGCUGCUGCGGCGGCCGCACAACCAAACUCUGUUACCUUAAGUCCAGCGCCAUCCGUUGAUAGCUCAGGAAGCCCGCAACGUGGCGAAACCAUCAGUUAUGCACCAUCCUACGCACCUCCGGUUCCCACGCAAAACGGAAGUUCUGGGAGUAACCCAUCGGAUUCCGAUGAAGAUGCGAAGUUCGCACCGCCUCCCCAUUCGCCGAAGGACGCUUUACCCAGCCCUGCACCGCAAAAUCAUGCGGCGCCGCAACAUUCUCAUUUCCGGACUCAACACCGAGAAUUCUUCCCCAACGAUAUGCCUGAAUCUAAUACAAAUGGAAGACUUUUAUGGGAUUUCCUUCAGCAACUACUGAAUGAUCCAACACAAAGAUACACAAACUACAUAGCAUGGAAAAACAGAGACACUGGUGUGUUCAAAAUUGUCGAUCCUGCUGGACUUGCUAAACUUUGGGGAAUUCAGAAGAAUCACUUGUCAAUGAACUACGACAAGAUGUCUCGAGCACUGCGCUACUACUAUCGUGUCAAUAUCUUACGCAAAGUGCAAGGAGAGCGACAUUGUUACCAGUUUCUCAGGAAUCCUACAGAACUUAAGAACAUCAAAAACAUAUCUUUACUACGCCAACAAAUGAGCCCGACACGUGUGGCGCAACAGCAGCAGCCACAACAACAGUCUGUGGUAAAGGCUGAAAUGAAAGAAGAACGUUGUGAUGACGACCAUGUCGAAGAAGAUAUGCCCACAGAUCUGAGUAUGAGCGCAACAGAACCUUGGCGGAAACGGCCGCGGUCCGACCCGGCACCUGUCAUCCCAUCACAUGACAAACAUUAUAUUAGUACCCUUAUUGGCGAUAAUAUGAUGAUGAAACAAGAAUCUGAUUAUAACUCAGAAUACUAUGCGCUUAAUCUUAAAAGUGAAAAAUGCGAACAAUGACUUGUGACAAAAAAAUGGACACGGUGUGAAGUGAUUAUAAAGUGAAACAACUCCACCCGAUAUAUUUCUAGUCAAAUUUCUCUCGGUACAGUUAAUUUCAGUCUUCCCAUUAUACCUACAUUUACAAAUGUUCAUUAAAUUAACUGAGAGUGCUUU